CACUAUUGCUUUGGGUGAUAUCUUUGAAAUUUUACAGUAUAUAUAUUAGUCACUCACUUAGUACAAUGUCAUCAAGCAGAAACUCAGAUCCAUGUAAACCACAGGCUUGUGCCAUUCAAGAUUGUCUACAGGCGAAUAAGUAUGACGAAUCGAAAUGUACAAAAAUUAUUGAUGAAUUAUAUUUGUGCUGUAAGAACUUUUAUGAAAAUAAUGGUAAGGACAGUCAUACCGUAUGCUGCCCAAAGUUUAAUUUGUUACAAUUAAAGUUGAAGCAACGAGAGUUGGGGCCUAUUGAUGCCAAGUUGCUUAAUUAGUAGGAGAGUAUAUAUAUCUGCAUAAUAAAUUUUGAUGAUAUGCUCGCCCAUCGCUCGUCACUCAUCACAUAAUACAUAUAGUGUUAUGACAUCUACAGUUUAGUUAGGCUCAAAAUAACAUUCAUAAAUGAAAGUCACUCUACAGAAACUAUUAGAUAAACUAAUAUAAUGUAAGUUUAGAACCGCGUAGUCAAACUACUCAAUAAAAAUGACACGACAGAACUAGGUUGGUAAAAACACUUUGAUCUAAGGAUUACCCGAGCACGAAUUAAAACCACAUAAAGCGAUAAUAAAGAUUAUAUGUAGAGGAAAUUAUCAUAUAAUCCGUGACU